UCGGCUUCCAUUCCUUUAAAAUGUUCAGAUCGUCGGAAGAAAUCCAAUAAUUAUCUCCGAGAUCAAAACGCAGGAGAAUCUGGAAGUUUUUGUGAAAUUAUAUAUACGAACCUGGACAUUUUGCCCUUUUCUUGCUAAAAAAAACCAAGAGUUUCAGACAGAAAUGGAACAAGAAUAAAAAUGGAUAGCAUCACUUUAAACGGGAUUUUCAUCUUCGUCAUUUUCCUUGCGACAUGCACACUUUCUGGUGCCCAGUUCGAUUGUGAUUUCGAUUCUGGACUGUGUGGAUGGACCCAAGAUUUAACAGACGCGUUUGAUUGGACCUUAUUAUCUGGUCCUACCACCUCAGUUGACACAGGACCAAGUUCAGACCACACUACAAGAGCUGGUCAGUAUGCAUACAUCGAAUCGUCCAGCCCCCAAGUUCCGGGGCAGAUCGCCCGUCUGACCAGCCCAUAUAACCAGGUCGUCGCCGGCGGGACAAAAUGUCUUCGAUUCUAUUACCAUAUGUAUGGGGCGACUAUGGGCAAUUUAAACGUCUACGUCUCAAAAGUGGGUGACCCGCUCGGCAGUCCCCUCUUUCAGAUGACGGGAACACAAGGCGAUGGCUGGAAUCUCGGCCAGUUGGAUAUCACACGUGCAGACACAGAUCGAUUUCAAGUCACCGUGGAGGGCGUGAUCGGAUCCAGUUUUACAAGUGACAUGGCUAUCGAUGACAUCAUCAUAUUUUCAGGAUAUUGUCCGCAAGUGGUGGUCACUCCAGAGCCUUCAUCAAUACCAGCCCUGAUCCAGUGUGACUUUGAGGACCCGAACAUCUGUGGAUACACCCAGCAGACGAGCGGCGAUGAUUUUGAUUGGCUGAGACAGAGUGCCAACACCCCUUCAACAGACACAGGCCCGCCCAAUGACCACACCCUUGGAACGGCGGCUGGCUUCUACAUGUUCAUCGAGUCCUCCUCCCCUCGCAUCGUAGGCGAAGUGGCUCGUCUGUGGUCGCCGACCUACCAGGUUGCUGGUGGCCAUUGUAUCGAGUUUUUCUAUCACAUGUACGGGAGUUCCAUCGGUACGCUCAAUGUGUACAUCGUGGAGACUGGCCAAGACAUUCUGCAGCUGCUGCCGAGCUGGAGUGAGUCCGCCGAUCAAGGGAACCAGUGGUACAUCGCAAGGUUCCUGGCACCAACUACGAAUGAUUAUCAGAUUGUAUUUGAAGGUGUUAUUGGAACGAGUUUUACUUCCGAUAUCGCAAUUGAUGACGUCAGAAUUACAGAUGGUUCUUGUCUCGCUCAAGGCGAUUGUGAUUUUGAAGCCGAUUAUUGUACUUGGACUAAUGACGUCACAGCCGAUGACUUCGAUUGGAUAAGGAAGCAGGGCGCCACCAAUGGUGAUGGACCUCCAACGGAUCAUACCAUUGGCUCAUCAGCAGGGUAUUACGUGUACCUUGAUCCAACCAAUCAGGUGCCUGGUAAAAACGCCCGUAUGGUCAGUUCGCUGUUCAACAACCAAUCAGCGACGAGAAGGUGCGUUACUUUCUGGUAUUAUCUGGAAGGAGUUGAUGCAGGCGCCCUCUCCGUUGCUCAAGAGAACUACGGGUUUCCAGAUGACGUCAUCAUCUGGAGGCUAGACUCAACUCAGGGUGCUUUGUGGACUUACGGACAAGUGCCUGUAUCACAAGACUACGAUUACAGGGUUGUCUUCAUCGGCGAAGUAGGUGCUUCCACCACAGGAAAUAUUGCAGUUGAUGAUAUUACUGUUACAGACAAUAAUUGCCCAGCUAUACCAAACAGUGCAAUUGCACAGCCGACGUUCCCGCCUUCCAGUCAACUGCCCACUACAGCCCCACACAUAGUCAUUCCUGCUGGGCCGGCUAACUGUGACUUUGAAGGGGGUCUGUGUAGCUUUGGUCAAGAUUUGGGGGAUGACUUUGAUUGGACCAGGAAGUCUGGACCUACGGACACGGCUAAUACCGGACCAGACGAUGAUCACACGCACGCAGGAAGUUUCACUAUAUCAGGCUCAUAUAUGUACACCGAAGCCGAUUCGACCAGCAUAGGACAGUCUGCACGCUUGAGGAGCGCCCUCUACAGUCCCGUCACUUCGGAUUCCUGCCUGACCUUCUGGUACCAUAUGCAUGGUGAGCAGAUCGGUAUCAUCAACGUCCUGACUGCUUCCGGGUCAGCUGAAACACUGGCCUGGACCAGGGCAGGAACACAGGGAGACCAAUGGUUGGUUGCUCGGGUACCAGUCACCGGAACGACACCUUUCAAUGUUAUAUUUGAAGGGAUAAUGGGCGGUGAUCCAAGAUGUGACAUGGCUGUUGAUGACAUUCUUCUGGAAAAUGAAGAUUGUUUGGCUAUUACGCCGAGUCCAGGAGCUUUCAGUCCGAUUUGUGAUUUUGAGUACGGAUAUGCAGUAUGUGGAUACAAUCAGGAAAGUCUGCAAGAUGAUUUUGAUUGGAGUCUCGGAUCAGGACCUACUGAUACUGCCCUGACUGGCCCGUCGGCUGACCACACGACCAAUGCAAUCAAUGGUAAAUACAUGUACAUCGAGACAGAAGCCCCCAGAGUUCAGGGGGAGAGGGCAUGGCUAUAUUCACAUACCUUCCCGGCUGCAGGUAGCCACUGCUUCGAGUUUUACUACCACAUGUACGGAGAUAACAUCGGAUCGCUAAAUGUUCUUGUCGAGGUUGGAGGACUAUUCUCCCAGCCUUACUUCACACUAUCCGGUAACCUAGGCAACCAAUGGAAUGCGGCUCGCAUCCCAUUCAGUAUCAAUGAUGAUUUCCAGGUGUACUUUGAAGCAACCGUAGGGGCUGGUGUUCUGGGAAACAUCGCUAUAGAUGACAUCGAUAUGUAUGCAGGAUCAUGCCCACCACCAGGUGAUUGUGAUUUUGAGAAUGGUUUCUGCACCUGGACCAACGACCCUACGUCGGACGCGUUCGAUUGGAUUAUAGGACAGGGUGGUACGCCUAGUGUCAACACAGGUCCAAGUAUAGACCACACCCUUGGGACUGUUCAAGGGUCGUAUGUCUUUAUGGAGACUUCUUCACCAGUCGUUCCCGGGGACACAGUGCGCUUCCGCAGCCAGGCAUUUGGUGGGACGCCCUCUGGCGGGCGUUGCCUUCGAUUCUGGUACCACAUGUUUGGUACCCAGAUCGGAUCCCUCAAUGUAUACGUGGAAACUAUAGAGGGCGCCGUAAGGUCCGAUGGGUGGUCUUACGGAGUGGACCUAGGCGACCGAUGGAACAGUGGACAGAUGCCUGUAGAGAGUCCAGACAGCUAUGUGGUUGUGUUUGAGGGUGUGGUCGGACUGGGGUUCGAAGGCGACAUUGCUCUGGACGACAUCUCUUUUGUUGAUUCUACAUGCGGAGUUCAACCACCAGCGGCUGAUGUUCGCCCCACUACAACAGCGCAGCCAUACACAGGCACAGGGACCCAACCAGUUCCUACAACAGUAGCCCCAAGCCCAAUCUGCGGUUGUGACUUUGACUUGGACCUGUGCACCUUUACCCAAGCUACUACCGACGAUAUUGAUUGGACGAGGCUGGCAGGUAACACGCCCUCUACGUAUACCGGCCCGGAAAAUGACCAUACCAUUGGCACAGCGGCUGGAUUCUACAUCUACACAGAAGCAUCGAGCUUUUUUAACAAAGUUGCCGUACUGGAGUCGGAAGUCAUUCUUGCGACGUCCGGGCGAAUGUGCGCCGAUUUUUGGUACCACAUGUGGGGUGCUGACAUGGGUACACUCAAUGUCUAUGCCCAAACCGGGACCACGCCGGGCCAGGUCCUGUGGACCCAAAGUGGGGCUCUUUCAAGGAGCUGGUUUGAGGCCCAGAUUGAUUUUAUCCCUACUGCCGAUUUUAAGUUCGUAUUUGAGGGCGUUACUGGUUCAAAUUUCGACAGUGACAUCGCUCUCGAUGACAUCUUCAUCACAACAGGGGCAUGCAGAGGAUACCACACGUGUACGUUCGAGGAUGCCUCCAUCUGCGGUUAUUCACAGGGCAAUCUCGACGAUUUUGAUUGGUCAUGGAACGCAGGGGCCACGCCCACUCUUUAUACCGGUCCCUCGGUAGAUGCUACCACCAGAACAGCAUCCGGUCACUACAUGUACAUCGACGCAGCUGGUCAGCAGCCAGGGGAGAAAGCGACCAUUCUGACACCAUACUUUGACCCUUCUGAUGCCGGCCAAGAUGACACCUGCUGGACAUUUUACUAUCAUAUGUUCGGUGAUCAGAUGGGCGCCCUCAACGUCAUGCUUGAAGGUGACACGGUGCCCCUAUGGACACAGUCCGCCGCUGACCUGGGUGAUACAUGGUUCUUUGCGGUGGUCAAUGUCUCAAGUUCAGCUGUCUUCCGUUUGGUCUUCGAGGGCGUGGCCGGUGCUGGACCUAGGAGUGACUUGGCCAUCGACGACGUCGACUAUACGCUGGGACCGUGCGGAUCUAUAGGUUCUUGUGACUUUGAAAAUGGCAUGUGCAUGUGGAGUAACAUCGACGCGGAUAACUUUGAUUGGUUACGGUACCAGAGUAGCACCCCUAGCACUGGUACAGGACCAAAUGUGGACCACACCCUUGGAACAUCAUCGGGACAUUACAUGUUUGUCGAGACUUCGCCCCAGAUCUCCGGGGAGCAAGCCGUGCUCUUCCUUGGCGCCCCGAGUCUCACCGGGCAGCGCUGCCUCAGCUUCUGGUACAUGAUGUUUGGCGUGGACACCGGAGAGCUCGUGGUGUACACAUCAAUGGGAUCGGGGAGUCUCAGCCGGGAGGUCCUGUGGAUGCUUGCUGGUCAGCAGAAUAUUGACCAGCAGACCUGGCUCAACGGACAGGUCACCGUAGACUUCGACACCGUAGAUGAGAUAUAUAUUGCUGCUAUUUUAACUACGGUACCCUAUGCUGACACUGCUAUUGACGACAUUGACAUUACAGAUGGUGCAUGCGAUAUCCAACCGACCUAUGCUGAACCGAAUACACUCACUGGUUCGGCGUCUUGCGAUUUCGAUGGAGAUCUGUGUUCGUAUGUCCAAGAUGUGGCCGAUGAUUUUAACUGGGCCAGGAUAACAGGAGCUACAACCUCAACCAAUACAGGUCCUUCCAAUGAUCAUACAUCUGGAUCAGGGUUCUACGUCUAUAUCGAGAGCUCUAGCCCACGGUUACCAGGUGAAAAGGCCAGACUGGUUUCAGCUCUCCAGAAUGCGACCACCUCUGGAGGGCGCUGUUUAGAGUUUUACUACCACAUGUACGGGGCCACCAUGGGCGCCCUCAACGUAAAUGUCCUUGAUGAAUCCGGGUCAGAGACCACUAUCUUCACCAAAGGGUUGAGGGAUUAUGGAAAUAGGUGGCUCCUCUCGUCGAUUAAUAUUGACUCGAGCGGAAGCAACUUCAAGAUUGUCUUUGAAGGUAUCAUUGGGUCCUCAUUCGAGAGUGAUAUAGCAAUCGAUGACAUCAAAUAUUAUAACGGAAUCUGUCCUCCUUCAAGAACCUGUGACUUUGAGGCUAGUGAUUGUAGCUGGAAGCAGGAAGCUGUCCUAGAUGACUUUGACUGGGUUGUACUUCAGGCUGUUGUAGGUGUAACGACCGCUGCUGAUAUGUUGGUUGAUGACAUCACGUUUGAAUACGGAGCGUGCGCACCACCAGGUUUUUGCGACUUUGAAUCUGACUACUGUUACUGGACCAACACACGGACGGGGGACAACUUUGAUUGGACAUUGAGUAGCGGUGCCACGCCCAGUGUCACGACCGGGCCUAGCAAAGACCACACCCUUUCUUCGUCGAGUGGUCAUUACGUGUUCAUCGAAACAAGCACGCUUGUUGCUGGUGACAAGGCAUGGUUGAUUAGUGAAUUCAGCCCGCCCUCUGACGGCUGCUUCACUUUCUGGUAUCAUAUGUAUGGUGCAGGUGUUGGUGAACUCAACGUUUACCUAAUCGAUGGUGUCAAUGGUAACAUGGCCCUGGAGUGGAGUGAGUCUGGUAACCAUGGUGAUCGAUGGGUCAAAGGUCAAGUGUCAACAUCCAACUUGAACCCAUACCAGAUAGCGAUAGAGGCGACCUAUGGAGCGAACUACACAGGGGAUAUAGCCAUCGACGACACGUUUAUUACCGUCGAUGGACUCUGUAAUGAAUCUUUCGAGUGGGACUGCGACUUUGAAGAUGACUGGUGUGGCUACACACAGGCUCAGGACGACACAUUUGAUUGGACAAGGCUGACCGGUGCCACGUCAUCCCUAGAUACAGGACCAUCCAUAGACCACACAACAGGCACGGCGACCGGAUACUACGUCUUCAUCGAGACGUCCAGUCCCCGGGUUCCGGGUGACGAGGCCCGCUUCAUGAGCACGCUCAUCCCCACCACCUACCGCCAAUGCUUCACCUUCUACUACCAUAUGUUUGGACCGACCGUUGAGACCCUUAACCUCCUCACGCGGAGGAACGACUCAGCUCCUGGUGAUAUUGGUAAUGUGGUAUGGAGCAGUCAGGGGGAGAAGGGAGACGUGUGGUACCCCGGCUCGGUGGUCAUUGCUGAACAGGUGGCCUUCCAGGUUGUGUUCCAAGCUUAUGUUGGAGCCUCGUUCACUGGAGAUAUAGCAAUAGAUGACAUCCGAAUCUUUCCCGGAGACUGCCCAGCCACGCCGACAUGUGACUUUGAGAACUCUCUCCUCUGUGGCUAUCGACAAGAUACCACCGACAAUUUUGAUUGGACGUACGGAUCAGGUGACACGCCUACGUCACUCACUGGGCCUUCCGUUGACGUUACAUAUGGAACCGCUUAUGGUCACUACAUGUACAUUGAGGCAUCCCAACCGAAUUCACCUGGUGCCAAAGCUCGUCUGAUUGGACCUCAUAUUUCAACGGAUACGACUUUAACCGUCUGCUGGAGUUUGUACUUCCAUAUGUACGGGCAGGACGUCGGCACCUUGAACGUAUUGACCCAAAAUGCGGAUGCUACCACCACCACUGUUGCAUCAAUAACCGGUGACCAAGGCAACCAAUGGUAUAGUACCGCCUUUGAGAUCACCUCAAAUGGAUACGAGAUCGUCUUUGAAGGCGUUGUCGGAUCAGGAGAAGAAGGAGACAUUGCAAUCGACAACGUCAGGAUGAUCGAGGGCAGCUGCGGAGGAUUAUUGGACUGCGACUUUGAGAACGAUAUGUUCUGUCAAUGGAGUAAUGCAGGAAAUGAUGAGUUUGACUGGAUAAGGGUGCGAGGUGGUACCCCUUCAGCUUCCACCGGCCCCCUCUACGACCACACCAUAGGGGCUACAGGUUCAGGACAAUAUGUAUUUAUCGGGGGCAGUUCACCACAGCUACCCGGUGAUACAGCGAAGCUGAUCAGCCCUGUUUAUACGACAAACGACGGGGUCGCAUGUUUUACGUUUUGGUUCAAUAUGUAUGGCACGCAAAUAGCUGAUCUCAGGCUAUACAAACAAGACGUUUCUUCUGGGAACACCGAUCCUCCUGAGUUGUUAUGGCUACUGUACGGUGAACAGAGUACCGAUCAGACACACUGGAUACAGGGACAAGUUACCCUUAACGGAACAUUCACGCUUGAGUUUUGGGGCGUUGUUGGCAUAGGCUUCUACAGUGAUAUAGCAAUUGAUGAUAUCUUAGUUGUGCCGGGCACAUGUGAUGUUGCACCUCCAGCGGCUGACCCAAAUCAAGCUGGUCAAGGGAUCUCGUGUUCCUUCGAUAGCACCAUCUGCGACUGGACACAGGACAUCACUGACCAGUUCGACUGGACAUUGUUCAGUGGUUCCACACCUUCUGUAGAUACAGGACCAAGUGGUGACCACACAUCUGGGACAGGAGGGUACGUCUUCACCGAGGCUUCUGCGCCGAGAUUACCGGGGGACAUUGCCAUCCUCACCUCGUCCGAGAUGGCGCCGACUGGCCCAUCUGGUGCAUGCUUCGCAUGGUGGUACCAUAUGUAUGGCGGUACCAUGGGCACCUUCAAUGUGUACCAAGAAAACAAUGGUGUGAAGAACCAGCGGUGGUCAAGAACCGGAGACCAGGCGAAUGAGUGGCUCACCGCGCAGCUCUGGAUUAAUAGCACAGAACCAACGAAGAUUCUGUUUGAAGGCAUAGUGGGUACAUCUUGGGAGAGCGACAUCGCGAUUGAUGACAUCACAUACUUAGAGGGACCCUGCCCUCCACCAGCAAUAUGUGACUUUUCAGACGACAUCUGUGAUUGGUCACAGGAGAUAUUGUUGGAUGAUUUUGAUUGGCUGAUUGGAUCUGGAGCCGAUACACGUUACGGACCAUCCGGGACCAGCUCCCUACCGGACAAAACAUCGGGAGUCAUCGGAGGUGGAUAUGCGUUUAUAGAUCUAAAGGACUCCGCGUUGAACCCUGGGGAUUCAGCCAUGAUAAACAGCGCCCUCAGAUCACCACCAGACAGCGGCGCGGACUGUCUUGGUCUCUGGUACCACAUCGACGCCGUAGAUGUGGGUGCAAUUAACGUGUACCAGCUGACCAAUGGUACCUUGAGUGAUAUAAUAUGGUCUAUUGAUGGUAACCGCGAUGACUAUUGGUGGUUUUCGGGUGUCACCAUGAUCAGUGGAACAGCUUACCAGGCUGUGAUAGAAGGGGUAGUCGGUACAGGUAGUCAAGGUGGUAUCACCAUCGAUGAAGUAGGAUUCACAUCAGGACCCUGCAAUCCUCCAGGACACUGUAACUUUGAGAAUGGGAUGUGUUCAUGGCAGAACAGAGGUGGUGAUAACUUAGACUGGGAGAGGACGUCGAGCUCUACCAAUAUGGAUGGGACAGGGCCAGCGUAUGACCACACCAUGGGAAAUGAUCUAGGCUUCUACAUGUUCGUGGAUACAGUUCCAGACCCUGUGGUCAUGUUCACUGGUGAUACAGGUGAUCUGUACAGUGAAGUAUUUGAUCCCGUGGAUGAGGCUUGCUUUACGUUCUGGUACCAUAUCAGAGGAUCAGGUUCAGCAUCUCUCAUCGCUUCUACACUCGUCUUCGCUCCACCCACGACCCACACCAACGUUCAGCUAUUUAACGAGACCGGCGACCGAGGGGACGGUUGGAUGUACGGUCAGUUUAAUGUGUCGUCGUUACUCGAAUACCAGAUCGUCAUCAGCGCCGUAAUCGACCCACUAACAUGGGUGGGCGACAUCACUAUCGACGACACGGCUUUGUUUCAAGGAACGUGUGGAGUACCUCGCCCUUGGUCGUGUACGUUUGAGGACGGUUUGUGUAACUACGAACAGCUCGGCGACGAUGAGCUCGACUGGUCUUUCAAUCAAGGAUUAACACCGUCCGUGGAAACUGGGCCAUCGGCAGACCAUACAACUGGUCUUGUGACUGGCACCUACAUAUUCAUCGAGACAAGUAGCGGUGCACAGGGCGACGCUUCGCGCCUGCGCAGUUCGUUCGCACCGGCAGGCUCGUACUGUCUCGAAUUUUGGUAUCACAUGUAUGGCGCCACCAUCGGCUCACUCAAUAUUUACAUUCAAAACAACCAAUCAGCGGCGGGUCUACCUGUUUGGACCAGGACCGGGUCCCUUGGUAAUAGCUGGACCAGGGGAUCGGUUGGUGUGGUGGAUGUUUAUGAUUUCAGGGUGAUCUAUGAAGCUGUACGGGGAUCAUCAUUCACUGGCGAUAUAGCGCUCGAUGACCUUGAUCUUUAUGAAGGAGAGUGUGAAGCUGCUCAUGCAUGUGACUUCCAGUCACCUGACUUGUGCCAGUACAUUCAAGAUGAUACGGAUGAUUUUGAUUGGCUGUGGGGCGAUGGUAGUACGGAUACCGUCGGUACAGGCCCGGAUGUAGAUGCUACAUAUGGUACAGUUUAUGGAAAGUACAUGUAUAUUGAUGCUACUAACAAGACCCUUGGUGACACGGCCAGGCUGGUAGGACCUACCUUUACCCCCGAACCUUCCGGCGUGACUUGUUGGACAUUUUACUACAACAUGUACGGACCAGAUGUGUAUACACUAGCAUUCAAGUUGCAAUCAGACCUCAACACACCUCUCUGGUCUACAGCCGGUAACCUAGGCAACGCGUGGUACGGUCAGCAGGUCACUGUUACGUCAUCCAUUCCAUAUCACCUGAUAUUUGAGGCGACCGUAGGUACCGGAGAGCUGGGUGAUAUCGCCAUAGACGAUGUUGAUUACAGGGAUGGCGUAUGCGAUGAUUCAGUUUCGUGUGAUUUUGAGACUGAUCUGUGUCUAUGGGGUAAUACACAGGAUGGAGACGAUUUUGAUUGGAUCAGACAGAGUGGGGCUUCCCCUACUACAGGCACUGGUCCUCUAGCGGAUCAUACAUUGGGCAAUACACAAGGUUUCUACAUGUACAUCGAAGCUAGCUCGGUGGGGGUCGGGGCCAACGCCCGUCUCCUCAGCUCCAUCUUCCCCUCCGCCACGGGCUCCUGCGUUUCAUUUUGGUAUCAUAUGUAUGGCUCCACCGUGGGCGAGCUCAACGUCCGCGUCAUCGACGCGCUCUCAGGGUCCGAGGAUUACAAAUGGCGGCUGUCAGGUCAGCAGACGGCGGACCCGAAUGCCUGGCUGGAAGGGAGAUUUUCAGUCAUGAACGGAGACGGCAUGACAAUCAUGAUCGAGGCAUCAACCGGCAUCAGUUACUAUGGCGACAUAGCCAUCGACGACAUCACAGUUUUGGACCAAAUUUGCCCGGUUUUCCCCAGCACAGCCGACCCUUCUAUCUAUGAGACGGUAAGCUGUGACUUUGAGAUGUCAUUGUGCGGAUGGAAACAGAUGACGGAUGACGACUACGACUGGACGAGAUACGCAGGCACAACAUCAUCAGCGUCGACGGGCCCGACGAGUGACCAUACGACUGGCACAGGGUAUUACAUAUACUUCGAGGCAUCGAGCGGUGCUCUCGGCAGCACCGCCCGGGUGAAAUCCCUGGAGAUUCCCGCCACUCCAGCCGGGGCCUGUCUCCAAUUUUGGAUCCAUAUGUACGGUACGACGAUGGGGGCGCUAAACCUCUAUCUUUACAAUACCUUUGACGGGACGACUACUUUGGUCUGGAGCCAGUCCGGGACACUCAGAAAUGCAUGGAUUUACCAACAGGUGGAUUUGGUAUCAAGCCAAAACUACGAGCUAAUCUUUGAGUCUGUUCGAGGGUCGGAUUUCCUGAGUGACAUAGCACUGGACGAUAUCCUAUUUGAUUCGUCUGCAUCAUGCCCGCAACAAAAACAGUGUACCUUCGAGCAGGAUACAUGUGGCUGGCAGCAGGAUACCACCGAUGAUGGUCUCGACUGGACCAGAGGCACGGGGGCAUCCUACCCGACCGUUCCGGUGGAUAAGAGUACUAGCACUACGAACGGUAAUUUCAUCUAUGUGGAUACCACAGUACCACACAGUGAUGGUGACGUGGCUCGAAUUAUCAGCCCGGUCUACGACCUUUCCUCCUCCGACUACUGCGUGCAGUUCUGGUAUUAUCACGACGGCUUUGGCUACAUCCAACUCCGCUCCAGGGAGAAUGGGGUCUUUUCUGCACCCCUCUGGACCUCGCCCGUUAAUACCAACCGAGGAUGGGGAUACGGUAGCGGUACCGUGUCUGGCAACGAUGUAGAGGUUGUAUUCACAGGUUCUGUAAGCUCUGUUUACGGUUCAGCUAUGGCUCUAGAUGAGAUCAACAUUGAGUAUGGAACAUGCCCACCGCCAGGAUACUGUACAUUUGAGAGUCUGCAUUGUGGGUGGACCAACGCUGUCAACGAUGAUUUUGAUUGGCUGCUUCACUCUGGAGCCACGCCCAGUGAUAGCACCGGACCUCCAUUUGACCACACUCUCGGAACAAUCCAAGGUCACUAUAUUUAUAUCGAGACCUCAAACACAGCAACCAAUGAGACGGCGAGACUGGUUUCUGAAGUAUUUUCGGCCACGCCCACAGGAUGUUUCACGUUUUGGUAUCACAUGUUUGGUGCAGAUAUGGGCACCUUGAAUAUAUUCCUGCAAGAGUUGCCCAGUGGCCCCGAGUCUCUGAUCUGGACUCUGAGCGGUGACCAGGGCGAUCAGUGGCUUCUCGGGCAAGUCGACGUAACAACGGGCUACGAACAUAUCAUCACUUUUGAAGCCAUUGAUUCGUCCAGUUUCACCGGGGAUAUAUCUCUGGAUGACAUCAACUACCUGCCGCGGUCGUGCAGUAGUAGCCCCCCAACCACCACAUCGGUAACGCCGGUAACAAGACAACCUAGCCAAUGGGAUUGCAGCUUUGAAGGGGGUUCCCUGUGCAGCUGGGUGCAGGCUACUAACGACGAUUUUGAUUGGUCGUUGCAGCAGGGUAGCACAACCAAUGACGGGACCGGACCAUCCGCUGAUCACACCUUGCAAAACAAGAACGGUUAUUAUGCUAUGAUUGACUCUAGCAGCCAGGCCGGGGACCAAAAGGCUCGGGUAUACAGUGAUCUUAUACCGCCACCUGCCGUCUCAUCUUGUAUAGAGUUUUGGUAUUUCAUGUACGGAUUCCAUGUCGACACACUCAACAUUGGUACUGGCAUUGAUGACGGUGUAACAGAUGGUGGAAUCUUAUGGACCCGUUCAGGGGAGCAAGGCUACCAAUGGGUGCAUGGCCAGGUCCCCUUCGCUACCAACGCCAUCUAUCAGAGGGUCUAUAUUGAGGGUGUGGCCGGAGACGGUUACCAAGGCGACAUAGCCAUUGAUGACGUCAUAAUAUCAGAUGGGCCUUGCCCUGAGCUGUGUAAGUAA